AUGAACAGCCCCCCAUUUGGAGACAUGAGAAAGAUACCAUUAAGUAACCCCCUGCACAUAUCUGACAAUGCGUGGUCUACGGACAGAAUCACCCUGUCCUCGGAGGAGUACCUCUACUAUGUGAAUCUGUUUAACCUGAACGACAAAUUCGACAGCCACUUUAUCGACAAUAAGACGGCGUCCUCCUUCCUGCAGAAUUCAGGCCUGUCCAUUUCGGUUCUUCAUUCGAUAUGGGAAUACAGCGACUUAGAGAAUAAGGGAUAUCUGACUCUGGAGGAUUUCUUCAUUUGCUGCCGACUAGUUGCACAUGCACAGAAUGGAAACGCUCUGAACUCGGACCUGAUAAAUAUACAGCCUCCGUGUUUACCCAGUUUCGACAUCAUACGACAUAAGUCCUUCUCUGACAUCUCCAACAUGGAGGGCAACGUCGAGUGGAAGAUAAGUGCCAGGGAGACUGAAGACUAUCGGAGGAUCUUUAAGACCCUGGACAUGAAAAACGAAGAGAAAAUCGAGGGGGGGGUCAUUCGAGAGUACUACCUUAAUACUUCCAAUCUGUCGAUCUGUGAACUUAUGCAGAUAUGGAGCGUGUCCGAUAUGGACAAUGAUGGUUUUUUAAAUUUUGAGCAAUUUUGCGUGAUGAAUAAAAUGGUCGAAGUGAGGAAGGAGAAGGAGAUUAACAUCCCUCUGUCGAUCCCUGCGGAUCUGCUGAACUCGAUAAAGGCCGAUCGGCAGCUCGUGAUGGAUGACGACGUGACCUUCCGCAAGGUCGAGGACAAGGAGAGGCGAGACAGCUUCAAGCUCUCCUUGGGGGACCUUCUCAAGACGGAAAAUGAGAAGAAGAGGGAAAAUGGCGGAGUACUGGAAAAGGGUGCUUCGGGAAAAGGUACCCCAUCAAAAGGUGGUAGCCCCAAAAGUAACGACAAGCUGGAUAUGGAAUUUGAUUUCUUUGAAUUUAAGCAAGAGGAGAAAUCCGACGUGGAUAGCUCCGAGAAGGAGAAGAAGAAGAGGAAAAAGAAGAAGGAAAAGGAGCGACAGAGGGACAUCUUCUCGGAGCGCAGCGAGAAGAAGGCUCUCUUGAAGAAGGACUUCGAGAGCUAUAGCAGACUGGACAAGGAAGACGAUGAAGAGGAGAAUGACGAGGAUGGUGAGGGUGGCAUGGAUGGCGGGGAGGAAGCAGAACGAAGGAAUUCCAAGGCGAAGAAAAAGGCGGGCAAGAAGGAGGCCCGAAGUUACGACGACCUCAGCACGGAGGAAAAGUCGAGCCAGGAGUCCAGCAGAAGGGGCAAGGAAAAAAGCAAGGAGGGCGACGAAGACGAGGCGGAAGGAGGCGCCAAGAGGAGAAGCAAGAAGAAGAAAAAGGAAAGGGGCGAUCGGGACAGGACGGCCAAGGCGAAGGAGAAGCAAAAGGAUCGACAAAGAAGAGGUCACGAGAAGGGCUCCGGGCAGAAGAAGCUAGAGUUGGCGAAGAUCACCUCGGAGGAGGCAGCGUCUCGAGCAGGAGAUACGGGAGGUCGCGAAAAGGGGAGAAACGCGACAGGGGAAGGCGCAGCGAAGAGAGGGAGCCUCGAAACAAACAGAGGGAACCGCAAUACGAACGAGGAAGAAAAAAAAAAGAAAACCUCCAAAAGCGAAAAGUACUUCACCAAACUUAUCGACUUCAAUUACUCUGAUCUAAAGAACUACAACAUCGAAAGCAAAGACGUCUACAAAAUAGAGGAAAUCAAUCGAAAGCUAGAAGAGGAGAUCGAAAAAAAAAAAAAAAACAUCAAAAAAAAAAAAAAACAAGUGAACUGCCUAGCAUAUGUGUACGAAAAUGAAUUAAAAAAAUAUCAAUGUCUGAAAGAAGAAAGAAGGAACUUAGAAUUUCUAAACCUCUGUCUGUACAAAGAUAUAAAACAUAAAAAGGAAAACAUCCGAAGCAUUAAAAAUGAAAUCAAGGAACUCAUUGAAGACAUAAACAAAAUCAGCAUUGAAAAUGUGAACAUUAAUAAAGACUACAUAAAAAAGGAAAAAGAAAUCAAAGCGACAGACAACAAGAGGAGAAAUUUAAACGCACUCAUAGACAAAGAAAAGAAUGAUUUGAAAAAGGACGAAAGGAAUCUAAUUAUCUUGAAAAAUAUGAUUGACUAUUUGAGGAAGCAAAAAAAUCGAGCUCUCAAGCUGCAGGAGAAUCUAAAAAACAGAUAUGACGUCACCAACUCGGAUCAUCAGAUGCUAAUUAAAAAUAUUCUACAUCAACAGAAUUACUUAAAUAAAAUUACGCACAAUCGUCUGAAUAUGCAGAAGAUGAAAAAUCAGAACCUCCUUUUUUUGAACUCUCUUUGUAAUCAGUCUGCUCUGCUGGACAUGCAGAAUGCCCAUCCCUCCUUGCGCCAGCCGCCCGACGCCAAGGCCCUCGCCGCCCACAGGCGUUACUUCACCGACCGGAAGGGGAUCCCCAACGAGAAUAAUGACGAGUUGAAGAGCUCCAAGCGGAACAUCGACCUUUUCGAGCAGAUCAAGAACGGAGACAGCGUGGACAUAUUUUCCAGCAUGGACGAGUCUGAAUCCGUGGAGUACGCCGAGGAUGAGGCGGAUGACGAGGAGGACGGCGAAUACGUUGAGGAGGAAGACGAGAAACGACAGAAGGGGAAGAACAGCAUGGAGGACUUGGCCAACCUGGUGUCGAAGGAUCACAGCUUAAAGAGCGUCGACGACAGCUCCUGA